CUACGAGGACCGGGGUAGAGCGCAGUAGUACCUGGCCUCCAUCGGGAACAGGGGGGAAGAGAUAAAGGGAAAGUACACCAUAUUAAUGGGGGUACCUUAGUUCUCCGCCGGGUUAAGUUAUAUUAUCCCCAUCAUAGCCCUCGGCUUUUUCUGGCCGCCUCGUCACUCUAAGACCUCUGGAUGGAUGCAUUACACAGGGAUAGCCACGCACUCACACAAGUUCGGAGCAGUCCAGCUUCGACUUGUCCAAGUUCUUUGCUGUAAAACCAAGUGGAAUGAGUAUCCUCCGGAGGUGGGACGAACAUGGGAUUCAUGGCGUAUUUCUCUGUUCCGGUGUUGUCUGAUCCGAACAUACCAAGUAGGCAGAAUACUCAGCACUGUGCCCCGAAUCAGUAGUGUUGAUAAUGCCCUUUGGACCCCUCCAUGCCAGCUCCUUGAGUCGGAACACUCAGGGCGCCCUGUUGGUUUCGGCUACCUGAUUGGGAUCUUUGCUACAUACCUCCCUGGCAAUCACUUUUAUGCCGCUACUACACUUAGCUAUGUGCUUUUCAAGUGCUACCUGAUAUCGAAGAAACCUUUUUGUACCAAGGUUUCUUCGUUUCGUUGUGCAUUCUGUUCACGAUCCGGGGGCAACCUACAUAGAUCCAGGUAAUCCAGUUACAAAUUCACUUCACACACUCUCAAUCCCUCCUUUUCUCUGGUGAUGGGCACAAGAGGUUGACUGUUUCCCAGUGUCUCAAGCCGAGCGUCAGUCGUGGCAGCCAUCAAUGCU